GGGAACAGCAAGUCAUAAUCCAACGAGAGGCUUUCUUUCUGUCCCCAGGGAGGAAGCCUGAAGAUGGCCGGCUCCAAUUGUCAAGACACGGUCUGUGGGUCAGUGACGUUCAGGGAUGUGGCUGUUGACUUCUCCCAGGAGGAGUGGGCCUGCCUGGAUGCCACUCAGAGGGUCUUAUACAGGGACAUGAUGCUGGAGACCUACAGCCACCUCGUCACAGUGGUGGGAAGCUGCGUUUCCAAGCCAGAGCUGAUCACCUUGUUAGAGCAGGACAAAGAGCCCUGGAUGGUUGUGGGGGAAGAAGCAGACAGGCCGCGCCCAGAUUUGGAGGCAGAUUAUGAUGCUGAAAAUAUAUUUCCAGAAAAUCAUAUUUAUAAUAGAAAUUUACCCAAAGAGAACAUAAAGCAAUUAAAUAAAACUUUUAACUUCAAGGGUUCCAGUUUUAGUAAUGGCCCCCAAUGUGGUACAAUCAAGGGACUGCAGAGUAAUGAAGAAGGAGAUGCUGAUCCAAAGAUUAGUUAUAAAGAACAAAUACCUCUUUAUACCUGCCCAAGUUUUACCCAAAAUAUAAAAAAAGCACAUGAAUGUAAAGAGUUUGAGAAGUACUUUGGCUGUAAUUCAACUCUUAUUCAGAAUCAAAGCAUUCCUACUGGAGAGAGGCCCUAUGCGUGUGAGGAGUGUGGGAAGGCCUUCCGACAUCCCCAACACCUUACACGACACCAGAAAUCUCACAGUGGGGAGAAACCUUUCAAAUGUGAUGACUGUGGAAAGGCUUUUCAUCUUCCUGACCUGCUUAAGUACCACAAAACCAUCCACACGGGUAUCAAACCAUUUGAGUGCAGGGAGUGCGGGAAGGCCUUCAAUCGGUUCUCCAACCUUGUUGGUCAUAGGAUUAUGCAUGCUGAUGUGAAACCCUAUGGCUGUAGUGAGUGUGGGAAAGCCUUCAAACGUCGAUCAAACCUCGUUCAACAUAAAAAAAUUCAUUCUGGUGAGAGACCCUUUCAGUGUAAGGAGUGUGGAAAGGGCUUCAUUGCUCUGGCUCAGCUCACUCGGCAUCAGACAAUUCACACUGGAGAGAAGGCAUUUGAGUGUGAGGAAUGCGGGAAGGCCUUCAGACUCCCCCAACAGCUUACAAGGCAUCAGAAAUCUCACAGUGGCGAGAAACCUUUCAAAUGUGAUGACUGUGGAAAGGCUUUUCAUCUUCCCGAGCUGCUUAAGUACCACAAAACCAUCCACACAGGCACGAAACCAUUUGAGUGCAGGGAGUGCGGGAAGGCCUUCAAUAGGUUUUCCAACCUUGUAGAACAUAGAAUCAUUCAUGCUGAUGUGAAACCGUAUGAGUGUAGUGAGUGUGGGAAAGCCUUCAAACGUCGCAAAAGCCUCCUGCAGCAUCAGAAAAUUCAUUCUGGUGACAGACCCUUUCCGUGUAAGGAGUGUGGGAAGGCCUUCAUUGUGCUGACACAGCUGACGCGGCACCAGAGCAUUCACACUGGAGAGAAGGCAUUUGAGUGUAAGGAAUGUGGCAAGAAAUUCAGAACCGGGGAACAGCUCACCAGGCACCAGAACGUUCAUACUGGAGAGAAGUCAUUUGAGUGUAAGGAAUGUGGCAAGAAAUUCAGUACUAGCUCACACCUUGUUCAGCACCAGAGUAUUCACACCGGUGAGAAACCCUUUGAAUGUAAUGUGUGCGGGAAGGCUUUUCGGCUUCAGGUAUACCUUUCUGAGCAUCAGAAAACUCACACUGAAGAGAAACCUUUCAAAUGUAAGCUGUGUGGCUCAGCCUUCAGACGGAAGUACAAACUUAGUGAACAUCAGAAAAUUCAUACUGAUGAAAAGCCCUAUCAGUGCAAGGAUUGUGGGAAAUUCUUUCGUCAAAGGUCAAGUUUUACUGAACAUCAGAGUAUUCACACUGGAACCAAACCCUUUGAGUGUAAAGACUGUGGGAAAUUCUAUAGGCUUAAUACACUUCUCAUUCGUCACCGGAAAUCUCACAGCGCUGAGAGACCUUUUGAAUGUAAAGACUGUGGAAAGGCUUUUCGUCUUCACAGCGAGCUUAAUAAUCAUAAAAUUGUUCAUACAAGUACAAAACCCUUUGAGUGUAAGGCAUGUGGGAAGUCCUUCAAGCGUGCGUCCACUCUCAUUCAACAUGGGAUCACUCAUGCCGGCGUGAGGCCGUAUGAAUGUAGCGAGUGUGGGAAAGCUUUUAUCCAUCGCUCAAACCUGUUGCACCAUCACAGACUUCACUCUGCCGAGAAGCCCUUUGAGUGUAAGGAGUGUGGAAAGGCCUUCGUUGUUCUCGCUGACCUCGCUCAGCAUCAGUGCAUUCAUAGUGCUGAGAAAUCCUUUGAAUGUGAGCCGUGUGGUCAGCCUUCUGACGUAAGUCCCAACUCAAUAAACAUCCGAGAACUCAUACUGAUGUGA